AACAGGGAGGAGAGAACAGGCAGUGGUCCCAAAGUACAGAGGACAGAGCUGGGCAAAGAUUUCCUCUCUCAGUGGCACCAAACUCCUAGGCUGCUGAUGGCAAUGGCACUUUCUCUGGAAGCAGGAAACAGCAGUAGAAGUUGGAAUAAUUAUCAAACUAUUGCAGGCAGAAUUUCACUGAACAGACAAGCUUACAGUUUAUCGAGAAGCAAGACCAACUGGUAAGGAGGACAGUUCACAGGGAAGAUUAAAAAGUGAACAAUGACUCAGCCAAGCAUUUACAUCACAUUUUUGGGAGCCUAUCUGCUCAUCAUUUUUUAUGUACAAGGACAGAAUCCAGAUAGUCGAUUUCUUCAUGGUACAGAAAUGAAGUCGGACCCAAACAAAAAAAAGCAGGAAAAUGGAGUGACCUUAGCUCCAGAGGAUACUUUGCCUUUUUUGAAAUGCCACUGUUCAGGACAUUGCCCCGAUGAUGCUAUUAAUAACACGUGCAUAACUAAUGGUCAUUGCUUUGCCAUCAUAGAAGAAGAUGAUCAAGGAGAAACUACAUUAGCUUCAGGCUGUAUGAAAUAUGAAGGUUCAGACUUUCAGUGCAAGGAUUCACCAAAAGCUCAGCUACGAAGGACAAUUGAAUGUUGCCGAACCAAUUUGUGUAACCAGUAUUUGCAGCCUACACUACCCCCUGUUGUUAUAGGUCCAUUUUUUGAUGGUAGUUUCCGUUGGCUGGCUGUCCUUGUUUCUAUGGCUGUGUGCGUAAUUGCUAUGAUCAUCUUCUUCAGCUGCUUCUGUUACAAGCAUUACUGCAAAAGAAUAGCAAGAAGCCAUUGUUAUAAUCGUGACCUAGAACAGGAUGAAGCUUUUAUACCGGUGGGAGAGUCAUUGAAAGACCUUAUUGAUCAGUCACAAAGUUCUGGAAGUGGAUCUGGACUUCCUUUGCUGGUUCAACGAACGAUUGCCAAGCAGAUUCAGAUGGUUCGGCAAGUGGGAAAGGGUCGCUAUGGAGAAGUGUGGAUGGGGAAAUGGAGGGGUGAAAAAGUGGCAGUCAAAGUGUUCUUCACCACCGAAGAGGCCAGCUGGUUCCGGGAAACAGAGAUCUACCAAACUGUAUUGAUGCGUCAUGAGAAUAUCCUGGGUUUCAUCGCCGCCGACAUCAAGGGCACAGGCUCUUGGACGCAGCUCUACUUGAUCACCGACUACCAUGAAAACGGCUCUCUGUACGACUUCCUGAAGUGCACCACUCUGGACACGAGGGCCCUCCUCAAGUUGGCAUAUUCAGCUGCCUGUGGUCUGUGCCAUCUCCACACAGAGAUCUAUGGGACCCAAGGAAAGCCCGCAAUUGCUCACCGAGACCUGAAGAGCAAAAAUAUCCUGAUCAAGAAGAAUGGCAGUUGUUGUAUUGCUGACCUGGGGCUCGCCGUGAAAUUUAACAGUGACACAAAUGAAGUUGAUGUCCCUUUGAACACCAGAGUUGGUACAAAGCGUUACAUGGCUCCAGAAGUGCUCGAUGAAAGCCUAAAUAAAAAUCACUUUCAGCCAUAUAUCAUGGCUGACAUCUAUAGCUUUGGCCUGAUCAUGUGGGAGAUGGCUCGUCGCUGUGUCACAGGAGGCAUGACAGAGGAGUACCAAUUGCCUUAUUACAACAUGGUGCCUCAUGAUCCUUCCUAUGAAGACAUGCGGGAGGUGGUGUGUGUUAAGCGUCUGCGUCCCAUCGUGUCGAACCGAUGGAACAGUGAUGAAUGUCUGAGAGCCAUCUUGAAGCUAAUGUCAGAAUGCUGGGCCCACAACCCUGCUUCAAGACUCACCGCAUUGAGAAUCAAGAAGACGCUGGCCAAGAUGGUCGAAUCUCAAGAUGUAAAGAUUUGACAGUGACGUGCUCCGGGAGCGGCAGUGGACUCCGAGAACUUUCCUCACCCAGGCAAAGGGUGGGAUCGAAGUGGGGUGAGGAAAUCCAUGGCUCUUGGACCUCUUCCUCCCCACACCUUUACAGGCUGCUAACAUUCAACCUUUCAGGACUCAGUAGAAUAUGAUGCUGGACAGCCUCAUUUUAAAACAUGUUUCUUUUUUGUUGGGGGGGAGAAGGGGUUCUGAGCUAUGUUGAGACUUCAGUCACCAUUCAUGAGUCUCCGUAAAACUCUGGGUACUGAAUUGCAUGUUUAUAUUAUGGUGCUUUCUGUGAAAGCCUUAAGAAGAAAAGAAAAUGAAUUCAACAGAGAUGGAGAAAUAUAAGCUUUUGCCUUCUACCUGAUAAAACUUAGCCUGUUCAUAUUCCUGCUUUUGUAAAACAGCCUGUAGAUUAUGAAUCAUUUUGGGAUACUACUCUGUUUUUAACAGUUUAUCAUCUGUGUUGUGUGUGUGCCAGGAUUCCUCUGCUGCCAUGUGGUUUAAGAGAAAAAACGAGGAAUGAAUGCCCAGAAGGGUUGGGGUAGUUGGUGCUUUGGGUCUUUGUUGUUGUUGUCAUUAUUGUUGCAAUAAGACUAGCCAGUCACAUAAAAGCCAUUUAACUACCAGGAAAAACUGACUUCUUUACCAACACCUUUUCUGACAGGAAAGUUGGUAUAAAUCAAAAAGCCAAUGUUUCUAAACCUGAGCUUCAUUCCUCUUUUCUUUUUUUUCUUUUCUUCUUUUCUUCCUCCCUCCCUCCCUCCCUCCCUCCCUUUCUCUCUCCCUUCCUUCCUUCCUUCCUUCCUUCCUUCCCUUUCUUCUUAUUUUUUGGGCAGUUUUUAAUCUUUUAUUGUGAAAAGUAUAAUAUCUUUAGUUGGAACUCCCAAUGUGAAGACCCUUCUGAAGAAUGAACUCGCUUAUUGGGGUGUUUUUGAUAGCAAUUUAAGUGCCUAUAACCUUGUCCUGUACCACUUAUUCUAGGUGACUCUUAAAAGGGAAAUGACAUAUCUUGGGCACCAUGUGCUUUAUUUGCAGGACAUCUACUCUUACCUUCACUUUGGAUAGUCACGUUUAUCCACACACAUUCAUGCCAUAGAAACCAGAUCGCAUGCACCUCAUAGCCCAGGCUUACAAAUUUAAAAGGAAAAACAAACAAUCAACACUCAAAGAUGGUCAGGAAUGACAUUUAUAAUCAUAGAUGGGUUUUCAAAAUGAAUGCAUUCAAUCUUCUAAUCUAGGGCUUUGUUUUGUUACAGUAUACUCACAACAACAGCUUUCGAUAUGAUAAUCUCAUUUAAAUUCUUCCUUAUAAGAGAAACUUCUCACUGAAAAUUUACAUUGCAGAACCUACAUGAAUUUCCCAACAACUAUUAAGGAAGUUUCAAAUCUAUCUAAAUCAUUAUUUGAAAUUGGAGGGAUUUUAAAAAAUAAAUUUUCCAUAGUUUAUAAAACAAAUGAAAAAGGGUCAGGCAAAAAAAAAAGAAAGAAAGAAAUAUCAGUGUUUUUCUUUACUAUCACAGUGUACAGAUUUUAUUUAACAAAGUGCUACAUAUUUUAUAGAAUCCUAGUUAUCUCAAGGGACAUUUCUGUUUUAUGAAGUCAUUACAGUUUUGUAAUGUCUUUUAAGUAUUAAUGUUAUAUUCUGGCAGAACAAUUCAUGGGCCUACUAAGUCAGAAUUAAAUUUACUUUUGGAUGCAGUGUAAGGGCUGUAAUUUUUUAAAAUAAUAAUUUUUAGAGCAUUUUUCCGUCCAUUGCCAAAACUUGACUAACAUUGAACGUCGAAGCUGUUGAGUAUUUCCAAGCAGAGCAGUUGUGCACAAUUAACUGGAAACUGUUUGGAAAGCUCUAAUAUUUUUACAACCUAAAAUAAAGCUCUUCUUUGUCAUGUUUGAAAGUGGAAGCAUUCUUAAAAAAAAAUUGAUUUCUUUGACCCAUGAACUUGUCCUUUCAGAAAAAUAAUUUCUUCAUCUGUUUCUACAGGACACAAGUAACUAUAAUCUAAAGUGCCAUGUGACUCAGGCUCCUUAAAUAGCUCUGACUUAUUCUUCUAAUUUGACCUUAAUUCUUUUUGGAAAUAAAAUUACAAACUCUCAAAGAAGUUAACUUAUUAAUAAUAAAAAUAGGGGAAAAACAUGAAAAAAAAUGCAAUCUUCCUUCCCAGCAACUUUUUAAAAUCACAAAAUAUUUUCAGAAGCCGAAAAUUAUGAAUACUUCAUAUUGUCAUAGAUGUGCUCAGUAAGCUAGUAGAAGAAAGUUGAUUUUAAAAUCAUAGCAUGCAGAAGACUUCCGUAAGAAUAUUUAUUAGGAUCACCUCGGUCUUGAAAUAUAAAUAUCGCCUUAUUUGGAAACCCUGCAAGUCCUUUCUCCCCCAUUCAAAAUUAUGUAUUUGUUUCAUUAGUGAACGAUUGAAAAUACAGGGGUCUCCAAAGUCUCAUUGCAGUUUUAAGCUAAAUAAAAAGUCUUCCCAUGGCCUGAAGGCUGCCCUGAUGUUGACACCAGCCCAGGCCCUGCUGCCUGCAAAGGCUUUAAGGAUUGACCUGUCUGGGGGCCUGUGUGUCUAUCUGUUUAUCAAGGACCAGCCUGUCUGGAUGAACUGAGGCAUGUCUCUUCUGAAGCUUAGAACUACAUUAAGACUUGGGUGAGACUGAUCCAAGAGGGAGUGUGUCUGAUGCCCCAUAACUCUAAUGAAAGAACAACACAUUAUUUUUCCUUCUAAUUGUUAAAGUAACUAAAUUAUUAGUAGAAUUGAAGGUAUAGUUGAACUUGCAAAUUAUUUCCAGUCUGCUUAUUAUAGACUUGUAUAAUUUUACCUUUUUUGUCAAACAAAUAUCAGAGGUGAGAGAACUAAAUCUAAUUUUUAUAAUAACUUUUCCUGAACACCUUCCUAUAUGUUUUUAUUCCCCACCCACUGUGGUCUUCUAACAUCAAUAUUUAAGUAAAAUUUUUAAAACUUUUAAAUGCCUGAACAUAUCAUUUAACCAAGUUGUGCCAGAUUUCUUAUUUGCUAUAGCUAUAUUGAAUUUUUUUAAAAUUUGCUAACUUUUCCUUUGGAAAUGAGAGCAAGAAAAAUUUCAAAUACCUCCAUAGUUUCCCUAGAAUCAAAUAGAAAGUCUUCUUUAGAAUAUUCAUUCACCAAACUUUUGUCCAACAUCGAAUCUUAGAGUAUAUCUCAGAGGUCUGUUCUAGGUACUAGAACAGUUACAAAGUUCAGCUAAGGAGAUCUUUGCCUUUAAAGAAUUUGAAUUUUUUUCCCCUAGGAUUGAUCCUCUAUUUUAAAUCAGUUUUUCCCGCCUCAAAUAUGUUUGAAGUAAAUUUUUUUCUAAACAAAUACAGCAUUUUAGGUAGGCAAAAUGUCGUUUGAUUUUAAAAUGUCCAUUUGGAAUUCCCUUCUAAAAGGAAGAGCUCUAGUUAUUUGUUUUAGCCAGAUAUGGAUAGAACAGUCUGUCAGUUCACCCUCUUGCCUCAUUACUGCUAUGAAAAAUCAGAGGGGAAAUUCCUUAGAGAAGUGGCUUGUAUUUGCAGUGGAAUUACGGUGCAGAGCCAGCAUGGGGUGCUUUGCCCCGGGAGGCCUAUAUGGAAAGCGUGGUUCAGACUGCUUGAGUCUACGAUCAUCUCAUGGUGACUUUAAGCUCCUACUACACCAGAGGUGUCCAACUCCUGGCUGGUGGAACCAGGUAAAAAUGGGGGUGGGGAAUGUUCAACAAAAGAAAUGAAAGCAUAAUGCACACAGUGCUCAUUUGUGGCUUUCUGAGCCCACAUUUGGCCUGGAGGGAUCUGUUUCUCUUUGAGUUCAACCCCACUGCUAGACACUACCUUUAAAAAGCCCGUCCUCAUGACUUCACCCUUGAAAUGCCCAUUUAAAAACUAAAUUGUAGUAUAUUGUAUAAAAGGAAAAUAACAUACCUUGCUUAGAGAAAAUGUAAAUACGAGACAAAAUAAGAAAUGGUUUGAUUAAAUUCUUGCUUAGAUACCAGAAGUGUAGAUUACUCUUUUAAAUGGUAAUACACUAAAUGUAUUUUGUACAGCAUCUGGUUUAAAAGGUGCCUUAUUAAGUUUACCAUGAAUUGCUUUGUUCUGUACACAGAUUAUGUCCAAUGUAUCAUUUUUAAGUAAAUAACCUUAUUUUAGUACA